CACAGUGUAGGUUUCUUUUUUUUUUUUUUAAUUGAUGAAGUCAGAAAACACUCAGUCCAUGCUUCUGUGUCGGGGUGGGCCGGGGGUCAUAAAUCCUUCGUGGUCGUGGAGCAGCUGAGCUCCUGUCACUGCUGUCAGGCAUUCUGUUAGGAGGAGAGGCGUGAACGUCACGGGAGCCAUCUGCCCGCCGCGGCGCGUGCAGCUGCUGGCGGGGCCGGUGACGUUCGGCCGGUGGCCCCUUUAAGAAACUCCAUGUUUUCGCUACAUGAUGCGUCAACGUAGAAAGCGGAUGAUGCUGUUAUGUAAAAACACGCCGAAGUGAGCAGUACUGCACGGCUGCUGAGCCCGAGUUUGUGACGCUGCUGCGGGACGACAAAGUCUAUCGAAGGGGUGUUUGUUUAUUUAGUUGUUUCUUUCUUUCUUUUUUACUUUGGGGAAACGGAAACCGAGCUGGGAAAACUCAACAUGACUCGACCUCGCACCGUUUUCCUCCUUCGCUUGAGGGAAGCGUACACCUGACGCAUCUCCUCCUCGCCAGCUAGAACUAAUUUACCUUUUUGUUUUAUUUUAUUCUUUUAAAUCGCCUCCUCUGGACUGGGUUUUCUUCUCUGCGAGGCGAGAGUUUAUGGAUGAACGUGAUGAUCCAUGACGAUCCUCUCUAGAAGCUCUGUCUGAGCCAAAGCGCAUCUGGAUCCCUUGGAUGACGAGCUUUUAGCCGAUCUGCUCGCUCAUGCUGAGACCAUGGUGAAAGCUCAGCGGAUCCAAUCAGUGACUUGUGGAAGGCCACCGAAGAUGAAGGGAGGCAAGGAGAAGAAAAAUGGCAGUGAUGGAGGUGCAAGGGGGAAGAGUGAGCUGAGCGGGAAGAAAAAGAAAGACAAGAAAGACUUGCUCCGCCAUAGAAGGAAGGCUGGUGCGGGAGGCAAUGGAGGCGCCAUAGCCUGUUGUGUUCUCCUUACCCGCUUGGAGGACAAAGGAGUUGUUGGGAAGGACAAGAAUGCACCAAAAGCUAAAAGGCAAAAGAGCUCUAAAGUCAAAAAGAAGGUGUGCUUGAUUCACAAAAUGACCAAAUCUGGACCUACAAAAACCAACCAAACCGGCGCCACACUAGCUGAGCCCCGUAGACGGAGGAUGGCGUCGCUCAACGCUGAGGCUGUAAACAGUUUGCUGCUCUACAGAGACAGCUCCCUCAUGGCAAAUCUCCCCAAGAAAGGCCAAGAGGGUCCAAGUACAGAUCUUCCUGAAGCCAAAAAGGAUUCUUUGGGAGAUAAAUCAGCCCUUAAAUCAAGACCCAAAAAGCAAUCAUCCACUCAGGCUCAAGAGAUUGACUGGUUGAGUUUGUUCGCUCCGACUCCGCGGCGUCAGGCUGGCCUCACCGCCGCGACGCUUCUCAAGCUCACCAGCACCCAGUAUGGAACCAAACGGCAGAAGAAGGUGGAGUCAAAGCCAGGGGAUAAACAUGAGCUUGCACCAGCCGCAGGAGACGGCCUGGAUGGUAUGACCGCACGCGAGGAAAAAACCCAGACCAAAAGACGAACGCAUCCUAAACGCGAGGAGCAACUAAAGCACAGACAACAGGGCACAAAAGAGCUGGUCCAGCAGAGCUCCACUGUCGGCUGCUGCGGCGUGUGCAAGACGGAGGUUCUGGAUCAGGAGUGGAAGAUUGCUGCAGGUGGACAGGGUUGCCUCAAACACUCUUUCCAUUGUGGAUCCUCUCAGGGCUUCUCCUUUCAGAAGAUCAAAGAGGAGCAGGUGGAGACGGAGGUGUCCGCCUGCUACUGCUGCUCCCAGGAGCGGUGUGUGGAGUACUGUCACAGGAUGGCCCUCUUCCUGGACGACAAGACCUUCAAGGAAAAGGAGGAGGGCCCAGUGUCGGAGGUCUUUCACCACCAUCACCACCACCACCAUCACCAUCACCACCACCACCUUCAAUCCCCUCAUUCCGUAGCCCACCCAGCAUCCAUAACUAUCAACCCACACGCCUACACCUGUUUCCCAAGCUACUACGUCCACUUCAGCCACCCGGACACUCCGCCCUCCGCCAUACCGCCCCUUGCUCUAUGCCCAAGGAGCAGCAAGAGGCCCAAGCUGCUGCCUGGCACAGGAACACCACCUUCAGGGAUCGGCCAUCCGGUGUACUGCUGCGCUUCUGUGGAGGCGUGCUAUGGAGAGCCCUGCAGGAUCAAGGGCUACUCUGCAUAUUCCAAUGUGAUUCCAGCCAUUACCAGAGGGGGGUGCCCCUUCAGCCCUGGGGACUGCACCAAAUGUAGUGGGGGCUUAAAAACAGAUGAAUACCCAUCAGCCAUCAGUGACCACCACGGCCCCUCGUCUGUCCCCAUCUGUCCAAACCCCAGAAUCCUCACCGGCUGCCCAAUUCCCGCCGUGCCUCCUGCUGGCCAGUCGGUGCCCCACAUUCAGACCCCCUUGUCCGACCCAAGCCAGCCUCAGCCUCCGCUGCAUGUGGCCAAGGAGUGUCCACAGAGUGCCAAAACACCCAGCGGGUCCAGGUCUGGUGCACGCGGCAGCUCCUCUGUGAACAGGGACAAGAAGCAGAAGCUCAGCUCCACCAGCCCUGCAGGGCAGGCCAGUGGCAAGCAGCCCAAAGGUGGCCGCCCCAAAUCCACCAACGGCUGGAGGUCCGUUGGCGUCCCCUUCGAGAAGGAGGUUUUCACUGUGGGAGAGGAGUCUCCAGUACUGAGAAAAUGUUUCGAGGGAAUCCGCAGGAAAGGGGAUCUGAUCCGGGUCAGAGACACCGUUCUGCUGAAGUCCGGACCUAGGAAGAAGUCCCUUCCUUACGUGGCAAAGGUUUCAGCUCUGUGGGAGGAGCCAGAGUCAGGAGAGCUGAUGAUGAGUCUGUUUUGGUAUUACCGUCCAGAACACACACAGGGAGGACGCAACCCAAGAAUACAUUGUGAGAAUGAAAUCUUUGCAUCUCGCCAUCAAGACGUAAACAGUGUGGCUUGUAUUGAAGACAAAUGCUAUGUCCUAACAUUGGCACAGUAUUGUCGAUUUUGUGCCUUGGUAAAACGCCGUAGGGAGGGCGUAGGCGAGAGCGCCACCUCCCUUAUGGUGCCACCCGUCGUUGGAAAUGCCAUUGCCACCCACCACUGUGUGCCCGAUGACGUCGACCCAGACCUGGUGUACUUCUGUCGACAUGUUUAUGACUUCCGCUACGGACGCCUUCUCAAAAACCUGCAGUAAUCUUUAACAGACAGCAAAUCCCGUUGCAUCGCAUGAAAUCCCGUCACUAUGGUACCCACAUCCAUAUACUAUAGCUACCUACUGCAAAGCGUGUAAGGUUUGGAGCUUCUUUUUGCUUUGAGAUCCUGCAUUUAUUCUUACAUGUCACAAAUGUGUUAUUUAAUGGUCUGACAUAAUCUAGAAGAGUUCAACAUGGCAGUGUCUUUCUCAUACACGGUUCCACUGUUGUGGCAGCUGAGUGAAGAACCUGCUGUAGAAAACCACUGCUGUAGCGCGUAGAAAUGUGAGAAUCGAUAGAACCGCAGUUGAUGUUAGCUGUGAGUAAUGCUGUUCUCUGGCCGACGGAAAACAGACUUGAGUUUCUCAGUAAUGUGGUUGAAGUAAUGAAAAUGUGAGGCGCGUCUUGGUACACUGGCUUUUAUGCGUAGAGGGGGUAAAAGAAAAAAAUCUCAGUAGAGCUCAUCAGCAUUUCUGGUAUUUUCAACUGAUAAAGGACAGUUAUGCUUAAAUCUCUACAUCUCACUGAUAAUGAAUUAUGUUAAACAAACAUUAGUGUUAUUUUGAGGACAUUGACUUUAUUCCUCUUUACAGUUGAUGUGAAGUCAGUCUGCUGUUGGAAGCCUAGCACAACUUGUGGCCUCUAAAGCUAAUGGUUUUGCUAGCCUACAUGAACAACUUACUGUAAAAGAUGAAAAAAACUCAUUGUACGGUGGCCCUGAAGUACACAUCACUCAAUGACAAAAAUAUUUAAAACGUCACGACGACAAUUUAAAAAAGCAAAACAAAUAUUUAAAAAAAAUGUGCUUAAAAUUUGAGAAAACAAAGCAAAAUUCCAGAAACCAAAUCGUAAAAAACAUUUCGAAAAGCAAAAGUAAUUUCCAGAAAUCAAAACAAAACCAGAAAAGGAUUUAUGGGACAUUGCUGAAUGGAUGAUGGUGUUAAUCCAUCUUUUCUACUAAAAAUUCCUUAAAUCCCUAAAAAUUCCUAAAUUGUCGUUGUAAUCUUUCAAAUGUUAUUGCGUCCAGUGAUUUGUUGAUGUGAUUUGAACUUCAGGGCCACCGUACACAUUCACACUAAAACAGUUCCAUCUUAAAACAUAUUCAUUCUGAUGUGUUGCCGUGUAACAUUUCCUUAUUAGCAGAUAAUGGAAAAUCUUUCAAUUAGUUGCAGGUUGAAAAUGGCAGUUCAGUGUUAACUUGGACGGGUAAGAACCUCAAAUUUUACCUGCUGUAUUCACGUCUCCAUUACUUUUCGACAGUCUUUUCCUGUCACUUUAAUGGUCUGCAUUAAAUCAUUGAAGUAACCCAUUUUUUUAUUUAGAUAAAAACAGAUUUCUUUUCUCUUUAUAAAGUGCAAAACAGGCAAGUUUGAAGUAAUUAUUGAAAUACAAGUUUUUAGAACAUGACUUUUGAUCUAGUAACAUGAAUUAUGGUCAUACAGUUUGAUGAAUGAACAAUGUUUGAACGAGGACUCGCACCAUAAAGUCAAAAAUCAAUUUUAAAUGUGGCUUGUUACUUUUUUUUUCUUUUUAGUUUGUGCAAACAAAUAACCAACCACUCCAUUCUGCAUGAAGUCGUUUUAAGAUGAAACUGCUGCAUGGUGGGUGUUUCCCCCCUGAACAAUUACCAGUUUCCAUCAUAGUUUCUUUUGCGGCGUAUGUGGAGGUCGGUUCAGUUUACUCCACAUAGAGUCAAAUGAGUUAAUAAUUCCUAUUAAAUUAAGUCUCGAUCUCAUGACCACUGAUUUAAUCUGUUGAUAGCGAAUGCUGAUGUGCGGAAGGGGUUUUGUUAAAUGACUUUCUGGGAGAAAAUCCAAUUUCCUGUCACAUUUACUUUAAAAAGCACCUCGGCAAGGAUUUAUUUAAUGAACAUGCACUUAAAGAAAAAAAAAAACAAAGCACAGGAUCAAGGGGGUUCCAACAAAGAAAUACUUUGUGUGGAAGCUGUUCGCUGGAGGUAUGAUAUUUGUCAUAAUCUUGUACAUUUGCAUUUAAAUACUGGUUUGGUGUCAGACGGCCUCAGGUAGAUGGCGUUGCUUAGCCACUUCUGUGCUUGUUUCUUCACUGACGAGCUGGUGAAGUCAUGUAUUCGCUGUAGCAUUUAGAUCUGUGAUGACUUGUUCCUGCGUUGGAGAAAAGAUGCAUAUUUAUUUCUGUAUGGAAAACAUAUAAUUUAUUCUCAAGAGAUGAUGUUAAAGAAUAGAGUUUAAGAGGAGUAGCUUUCAUUCCUAUUAUUAAGCUAAAAAGGACGUUUUUUCUGCUUGUUUGCAAAGUCAGGGAUGAAAAGUGAGUCACUUACAAUAGCAUUUCUGUUUGAUCUGCUUACCAUAGAAAAUCCCAUCAAAUGUCACAUCGGUGAGCAAAUUUCAGGACAUCUGUACAAUGUUGAAGGACACGUGUAAACGUAGAUACUUCAUCUGCAGGACCAACAUUUCCUUUUAGCUUUUAUGUGCUUCCUUUCAUCCUUUUUUCAUGUGUUUCGAUUAAAAUCAAUCAUGUUUUGUCUUUUUUUCAAAAAAGGAUUAUUUUAAAGGAUUUGCACCAUUGACCUGUGAUCUUGAUCCUUCUGCCUUAUUCACAGCUUUUUCAUUUAGGGAGCAUGUACUUUGCGUGGGGUUACAAAGCUGACAACAGCAGAACUCUGUCCAGAUCCCACAAGCUCUUCAGGGUUCUGUGCGGGUUUUUUUUUCUAUAAGUGACACAAGUCAACACUCCUUUCAUAUUUUGGUUUUCAUUUUAUUUUGGAAAGUUUCAUUCUUCCUUACUUUAAAAUCAGCCAACAAGUUAAAAAAAAGCGAGUAAUUAGAAGGCAUUUUUGCUGAUUUGAUUUGUCAGGAAUUUAGUAUUUUUGACAGUUUUAUUGUUGUCGGGCUCACAAAAAGUUCUUACAAACACAUGCACAAGAACUAUAUUAAUCCUUGUUUUAGCCUUUGGCUUUCCCAGAAUAGAGAUGUCAUGACAAAUCAUGUUUUUCAAGGUUGGGGAAGAGCCUGGGAUUUCUUUUUAUUUUUUAGACAGUUUGACAUUGGAGACAGCAAAAUGUAUUUGGUUUAUUGUUGUGUAUUUUUAUUCUUUAUGCAACCCCACCAAAGCAAAAAAAUAAAUAAAAUAAAAAAUUAAAAUUCCUAAAGCCCACCCUUAUGUGGUAGAGACCUGCACACACCACACAUACUAUGGCCUUAGUAACCCCCCCCACACAAAAAAUAUUUAAUCAAGAAACGGUAUGUGAUACUAAUGUCUUAAAUGGUCCUCUGUGCCUGUUCCCAUUUACCAUACUUUUUCCAGGAGUUUUCCAUUCAAAGAAGGAUUUUGUGUAUUUUCUUGAAUGCUUUUUUUUCUGUUUGUUUUUGAAAUUUGAAAACCACAAAUAUUUGCACCAAAAAAAGCCAGAAAUGUUGAAAAGUUUCAUUCCCAGGUGUACUAAAACCUGAACGUUGGCUCUUUUUAUGUGAAUUUAUAAUUUUAUUCUUUGCAUGGAUCUUUUGGAAACUAUCUUGGAAAUAUUAAUCACAGCACAGAUUAUUUGUAUGGUUUCAAAUGGACCUCUGUACCAUAAGAAAAUAUUUAAUUGUAAUAAAUAAUAUAUGAGUUUGAACAUA